CACGGCACGGUGCAUUCGCUGCAGACGGUGGGGCUGAGACCGGACUGGGCCCGCGGAGCCUCCGCUCACGCUUGCGGCCUGGGGGUGCCCGAUCCGCGGCGCUUGUGGUAGGGGUGGACUGGUGACGCCUCCGCGGUGGACUCGGUUUGGUCUGGGGGCAGGAAGAGACCAGUGCAGGCCCGAAACAUCGGAGCUUUGGAGGGAGAGGGCCGAGGCUGAAAAGGGGAGGCAGGACAGAGGCCGGAAAAACAGAAGAAUGUUUUGGAUGCCAAACCGUGCGGUUUUUUGGUUUUUUUUUCUCUUCUUUUAAUUGAUGUUUCAGGUUUGUCUUGGAAAGCCAGCAAUCUUUGCUUUACUGGGAAACGACUGACUCAGCAGUCUGGGGAUCCUGGUUGCACUAUCGAAGUAAUUCCUUACCUGCAUUGAAGAUCUGAGGGAGCUCUCUGUUUGCAUAAGGCGUAAAGGAAGAUGGAAGAAGAUGAGACUUUGCAAGGUGAAACAGAGAGGGCAGAGAUUGAAACACAUGCUGCUCCUGAGGGCAGUCGGCGGAUAUCAGUGAGUGAGUUCCUUUGCCACUGCUGUUACGACAUUAUGGUCAAUCCCACCACCCUGAACUGUGGGCACAGUUUCUGUAGACAUUGCCUAGCUUUGUGGUGGGUGUCGUCCAAGAAGAAUGAAUGUCCUGAAUGCAGAGAAAAAUGGGAAGGAUUCCCCAAAGUCAACAUCCUCUUUAGGGAUGUUAUUGAAAAACUAUUUUCUGAUGCCAUUGAACAAAGAAAAGAAGAUAUCCUACAAAACAGUGAUGUAGCACGCAGCUUAGCAACCUUCCAAAAGUAUGGGAAUGACCAUAUGCCUGCAGUUCGGAACACAGGAAGAAUUAAUCCUCAAGGAGGAGGGUUUUUCUCAGGCGUUCUGACAGCUUUAACUUGUGUAGCAGUAGUUCUGCUUGGAUAUCACUGGAGCAGCAGAGAAUUUGAAGAAGAUCAUCUUGUCCACAAGCCUGUUGCUAAAUGGACUGCUAAGGAAGUGACAAUUUGGCUAGAGCAGCUGGGCCCAUGGGCUUCACAUUAUAAAGAAAGAUUUCUGCUGGAGAAAGUGAAUGGAAGACUCCUCCUGACACUGACAGAGGAGGAUUUCACAAAAGAGCCUUACAGUAUAGAGAACAGUAACCACAGGAAAGCUAUUAUGGCGGAACUGGAACGUGUGAAAGCUUUAGGUGUUAAACCACCACAGAACCUUUGGGAAUAUAAGGCAGUAAAUCAGGGGAAGUCACUUUUUCUUCUGUAUGCACUGAAGAGUUCUCCAAGACUCAGUAUGUUAUACCUGUAUUUGUUUGAUUACACAGAAGCUUUCUUACCUUUUAUCCACACAAUUUGCCCCACACAAGAAGACGUGUAUGAAGAUACUGUCACAAAACUAAUAGACCUUCAAGAUCCUUCCUGGAAACAGUGGAGAGAAUUCAUUGUAAAGUAUUUAUUUUUGCCAUACCAGUUGAUAGCUGAAUUUGCUUGGGAUUGGCUGGAUGUGCACUACUGGACAUCAAGAUUUAUAAUUGUAAAUGCCAUGUUGCUCUCUGUUCUAGAAUUAUUCUCCUUUUGGAGGCUCUGGUCAAGAAGAGAAUUGAAGACUGUUCCUCACAGAAUGUGGAGACACUUCUGGAAAGCCUUAACCCAGGGUCUUUUUGUUGCCAUUUUUUGGCCUUUCAUUCCUCAGUUUGUGUGCAAUUGCUUGUUUUACUGGGCCUUGUACUUUAACCCAAUUACAAACAUUGAUCAGGUGGUUAAAGAAGUAAGGCGUCGCGAGACAUAAAUGCAGUGACUGGUAUUGGAACUUUUGAGCUGUUUAGCUCGUAAAAAUGGACUUGAAAUAAACAUUGCUUUUCUUCUCUAUAUAUGUGGCAGUGAAAGUGGUGAAUUAUAUUAAUUUAAACAUGCAAAAAAAGCGCCCUAAGAAGUUACUCUUAAACCAGCUGAUUCCAAAUCAGAGGAUGGGCUUUAUUAUCCAAUAGUAAUCUUCUGGGGGGGGGGGAAAUAAUUACAUUCCUGAUUUAACCAUAUAAAACUUAAACAGUCAUGUCACUAUUUUAGAUCAAACUUACCUAUUUCAUCUUGAGCAUUCCAGUUAUUUUCAAGCUUGCCUUAAAAUGAGAGUUUUCUGAAGAGCUACUGUGUGUUCCUAAACUUCAGUAUGCCAAAGGAAAGCUCUUCCUGGAUAGGCUUGAUACUGAAGUGUUUUCAGCUUUCUAUGUAAAGAUGUGACUGUCAAAUACGCAGUCUCACAGCAGGAAUUCUAAAAUUCCUGCUGUUGAAGGCAAAGACUUCUUGAGUUUUCUUGUCCUCUGGAAAAUGUGGUGAUGCAGAUCAGUUAGACUUCAUCAGUAGCGUCUUUAAUGCUACCCCUUGAAGUCUGUUGUUAAUUCUUAAAUUCAGGAUUAUCUCUUAAAAAAAGAUUAGUUUGGGAAAGUCAGCUGACACAUCUUACUGCAGUGUAAUGUGUGUAUCUAGAUCUGUGAGCAAAUACUGACUGGAAAGUUAAUUUUGUUUAAUCAGAAUUGCCAUCUGUUAGUGUAUGGUUUUUGACUGAAGCAAAAGUUAGAUUUUUUUUUUUAAGUGUUUUGUCCCCUUGCAUUUUCCAUUGGUUUGCUUUUUUUGAUUGGUUGGGUUUGUUGUGUUUGGGGUUUUUUUUUCUCAUUUGUAUUAUCAAUAUGAAUUUUAAAUUUGCAUAUGAAUAUUUUUAAAGAUUAAAGAUCUCUUCUGAAAUCUUCAUCCUUCCUAAAGACGUGUUUUGGUUUUAUUUAUAUUGAAGUACUUGUCAUUAGCUAUGACUUGUGCAAAUUUGUGUAGCCCUGCAUGUUUAAGUAAGUUGAGGUGGGUGAAAGUAGAUAUAAAACACUCCUGGUUCUUGUACAGUUAAAAUGAGCAGUUAUGAAAAAGUGUGUUAUUCGUCAAUUAAUGUUACUGAUUUCAUAAGAGAAAAACUACAAAGUGACCCUAGCUGAAACCUCUGUACAUCCUUAUGAGGUGUAUACACUUCUGAACUUCACAAAGUCAUGCUGUUCAA